AUUAUAUACAGAGAAAGAAAUGGAGAAACAAACAGAUAGUAAUAAGGGAUCUAUAGAUAAGAGUAAAUUAGAAGGAUUGCCAGUGGAUACAAGUCCAUAUACACAGUAUAAGGAUUUGGAGGAUUACAAGCAACAGGGCUAUGGAACACAAGGCCAUCAACAGCCCAAUCCUGGGCGUGGUGCUGCCAGUUCCACCGACGCCCCAACCCUAGCAGGUGGUGGAUCUGCCUCUGCUCAUGCUCAGCUUUCUGCUACUGAUAACAUCAAUCGCCACGGUGUCCCUUAAUUUUUAGUCACAUCUACAACACUUAUUCCUUGUUUUUAUUUUAAACUAGGUAAAAUAUGUAUACGUAGAAUAAUAAUAAUAACAAGAACGUUUUAGUGAUUCUAGAUCUUAGAUUCGUCCUGUUUGGUGUUGUUUGUAUUGUUCCUUUCAUCGGCUUGUAACUUAAUAAAUCUAUUUUU